AUGUCGAUCUUGAGCACCAGGUUGAAAUUUUCGACAGGCGAGGCAGAGCACGAAAUGAGCUCCCUGGACCGUCACCAGAGCUCCAGGUCCAUAUCGCGCACUGCCCUCCCGCGGCUUCAGUCCACACUCGAUGCAGAAUCGCUUGUCACUGUCAUGGUUCGCGCGACUGCGUCGUCGAUGCAACAUGCGAUCGGCAAAACUGCAUUGUGGUCGGAGACGCAGGCAAUAGCGACAGGUGUAUAG